AGAGCAUCAUGUCCAAUCCUGAGCCGAUUCCAUUUGUGCAUUACUAUUGCGAUUGUCCAGACUUCACUAGUUACUCUGACAGCCACAAUGGACGUCGAUCGAUCGAACCUUCCGUCAAAAAAGACACCUCAUUUGAAGAGAAAUCUCAGUUCCUGACUGUAAAUGAUCCCAUUCAUCUAUCUCGGAGUAGCUCCACAGGAACUGAUGUCGGGGCAUCAUCAACAACAGCAACAGUAACUGGCCAACAUCUUCUUUCAGCCCAGGCAUCAAACUAUGUUUAUCCACUCUCGCGUCUCUAUUUCUGCGAGGACUGUCAUCAAAUCCGGUGCCCAUCCUGCGUUCAAGACGAAAUUGUAUCGUACUAUUGUCCAAACUGUCUUUUUGAGGUACCAACUGCGAGUGUAAAGAGUGAAAAAAACAGAUGUGCUCGUAACUGUUUCCAGUGCCCAAUUUGCCAAAAUACACUGUCUGUUGUAGCUGCACAGGAAUCAGCCACGGUUCCGGCUGCAGCAGGUCCUUAUUUCUUAGCUUGUAAUGUCUGUCGCUGGAAUUCACAAGAAAUUGGCAUGACAUUCGAAAAACCAACCAGUUUAGCAUUACAGCUACAAAAGAAUGAAGAAGCCCUACCAGAUGCCAAAGAGUUUGAUCAUUUGAAAGAACAUUUUGAAAAAUACUUGCGUGCAAAUGCACCCCCUGCCUUGCCGACGAGCUUCAUGUCGUUUUCAAACACGGGUGCAUUCAACAAGAUGAUGGGUGGACAAUUCUCGGGUGAUACACAGGCACAAGGAAAGAAAGAUGUCAUUGAACCUUAUGUACCCAGUGUUCAGAUCCUCGAUGAUGAUACAAAGACACUCAAUAGCAUGUUCAUAUCUACACUAAGUCAAAGAUUCACGCAGCUACAUGAUCAACCGUACCAACUUAGCAAGAUACACCCCCAAAGAAUUCACCUUUGCAUUAAGAGAUCAAAACGAUGCCGUACAUGUCGACACAUCCUGAUCAAACCCGAGCAAAAAGCCCAGGCCACUCGGUUCAAAAUAAAACUAGUGGCCAUGAAUUAUAUACCAAACAUCACUAUUGUCAAAAUGCCAAGGAAACCAUGGCUUCUACAACUUGGUGUUCCAACUCAAUUUGUAUUAAAGUUUACCAACCCCCUCUAUGAAGAAAUGAGUAUUACAUUGGCUACACCCCAAAUGCGUCGCAAAUCUGCUACAGAUUCCGAAGGACCACAAAUACCAGAAAAGACAAAUACCAAAAUGAUGGGAAAAGUUACAAUCUUGUCCCCUCAUUUUACUGUUGGUGCUUACAACGAAACGAUUGAAUACGAUGAUGAGUUGUACUCGAAUGGGUCAACACGUAAAGCAAGCUACGGAGGAACAGCUGGAAUUUCGUCCGGAGGAGGAGCGUCUGCUGGAGGAGCAUCUGCAGGAUGGAGUAGUGGUGUAUAUGAUAGGCGUAACAAUUACACGAGUGUGGUUGUGGAAGUUGUUCCCGAACAGUAUGGUGAAUUCAAGUUUCCUUUGCUUGUUACAUACCACUACAAGGCUGAUGAUGGUCGAAUGGAUGUAUCUUCUGGUGACAUAGAAAUGGAUCUGGAUGACAUUGAUCCUGAUGACAGUUUCAGUGGAUCCAAAAAAGCAAACUCAUCUAUCCGCAUGGACGAUGAUCGUACAAAGAGUUUAUCCUUCUGGUGUUUAAUUGGACUUGGUCAGGUUUCUGGAGAUCCCGAAAACAGACCUCUUGGUGAAUCUUUUCAUCAUUAAACAGUAAAAUCACCCAUAAUUUCCUUCUUCAUCUUCUUCUUCUUAUUCCUCCUCUUUCUCUUCUUCUUCUUGUUUCAUGACACAUAGAAAUACUUUUUUUUCCAACAAAUCAAAGCCCUUAUUUUUUUAUAAACAUAAAUAUAUUGGUGU